GAUAGGAGCAAGACCUUGGACUUGCCGUUUUUCCUGUCUUGGCCAGGUCCCGUAGCACUUCUGGCUGCCCAACCCAGGAGAAGGAAAAGAUUUUAAAGUAAGCACUGAAAUGAGAAAGAUUUCGCUGGGCGGUCAACAAACGACAUUAGGCUAGACACAGGGCUCUGACAGGUGCCGGCACGGACAGGGGCAAGUGUGUCCUCAGCAUGCUGCAGUGCCUCGUGUUCAUGUUCCUUGGGUUGGUUUUACAAAAGUCCUGCUCCCUGACUGAAGCCACAGAACAGGGAAAGCGAUGUGAUAAGAAGUCUGUCCUCACAAUUAUGACCAAGUGUGAACCCUGCUGGCUUCAUUCUAAAACCACGUGCCCGGAUGGUUACAAGAAGAUCAUCAAUGGCUCUGUGGGAAUUCGAGAUUGCAGGUAUACCUUUAAGGUAGAUACGUACUCUCUGGCUCUCUCCGGAUGCCGACACAUCUGUAGGAAGAACUAUCUCCAACCGCAGUGCUGUCCAGGCUACUGGGGCCCAGACUGCAUGGAGUGCCCGGGAGGAGCGGAGUCACCCUGCAGUGGCCGGGGCAGCUGCGCAGAAGGUAUGGACGGAAGCGGAAACUGCUUCUGCCAAGAGGGCUUUGGUGGAACAGCCUGUGAAACCUGCGCCUAUGACUACUUAUUUGGACCCAACUGUUCCUCAGUGUGUAAGUGUGUACACGGUGUGUGCAACAGCGGCCUCCAAGGCGAUGGGAGCUGUGAGUGCUACUCUGCCUACACCGGCCCCAGCUGUGAUACACCUGUCCCUGAAUGUGAGGCCUUGCUCUGCCCAGAAAAUUCCAGAUGUUCACCUGUGAGUAAGGACGAAACAAAGCUAGAAUGCCGAUGCCUCCCCAACUAUGAAGGCGAUGGCCGAAACUGUGAACCCAUCAACCCAUGCUUGCAACGACCCUGCCACCCUAGCGCACGCUGCACAUACCUAGGACCAAACCAGUACAACUGCACAUGCGGAAAAGGCCAUGUCGGGGACGGCCGCGUGUGUCUUCCGGUGGACCCCUGCCAGACUGACUUCGGGAACUGCCCGCCCCAGUCUACAGUGUGCAAGUACGACUGGCCUGGGCAGUCUCACUGUGAGUGUAAGGAGCAUUACCACAACUUCGUGCCUGGGUUCGGCUGCAGCAUGACCAAUAUCUGCAAGUCUAAGAACCCAUGUCACAGGAAUGCAAACUGCACCAUGAUCGCACCAGGCCAGACCAAAUGCACCUGCCAGAACGGUUACGUGGGUGACGGCUUCAAGUGCUAUGGGAACAUCAUGGAGCGACUCCAAGAACUCAACACCGUGCCCCGGGGGAAAUGGCAAGGAAAGCUGACGUCAUUCAUCUCGCUGCUGGAUAAAGUGUAUGCCUGGCAACUAAGUACCCUGGGACCGUUCACCUUGCUGCUGCCCUCGGAAAGCGAGCCAACAGCAUUCAACGUCGAAGAGCUGCUGAAGGAUCCUACGGCUGCUCGGAACUUUGUGCAACUUCACAUCAUUGCCGGGCCGAUGGACACGGAGCAAAUGAACAGCACCGACACCUUCUACACCCUGACUGGGGCCCCAGGGAGGAUCUUCAAUCGGGACAAGGACAAUCAAAUAAAGCUUGAACUUCAUAAAGGCAAAAAGAAGGUAAAAAUUGUAGAGGGGAACAUCAUUGCUUCCAACGGGCUCAUACACAUCCUCGACACAGCCAUGGACAAGAUACAACCCACCUUUGAGAGCAACUCCAAGCAAACCAUAAUGGCCAUGAUACCAUCAAGAUACAGACAUUUCAGAACUUUUUUGGAGAAAACCAACUUGAAAAGUGCCUUAGACGGGCAAGGGCCUGGUGGGCCAUACACCGUUUUUGUUCCAAGUGAUGAAGCACUGAACAACCUGAAGGAUGGUGCUCUUCAUUACCUUCUUUCUCCUGAGGGCUCUCCCAAGCUUCUGGAACUCGUCCGAUACCACAUUGUCCCGUCGACUCAGUUGGAAGUGGCCAUCCUCAUCACAAAGCUGGAGACCAGGACCAUGGCCAACCAGAUCAUACAGUUCAACGUCACCGACAACGGACGGAUUCUGGCGAACAAUGUGACCAUAGAAGACAUUGAGGUCACUGCGAAAAAUGGCCAAAUUUACACGCUGGCUGGCGUUCUCAUUCCGCCCUCCAUUGUCCCCAUCCUGCCCCACCGAUGCGACGAAAUGAAGAGUGAGAUGAGACUGGGCUCCUGUGUGAACUGUAUGCUGAAGUCUCAGAGUAAAUGUCCUGCUGACACUGAGCCCACAGAGAUCUUCACAGACAAAUGCAUCUACAGCAGCAGAACCGGGAACACGAAGAAUGGCUGUGCCAGACACUGCAAUGCCACCGUGCGGAUAACAAAAUGCUGCAAAGGCUUCUUCGGGCCCUAUUGCAACCAGUGUCCUGGAGGCUUCCGGAAUCCAUGCUCAGGAAACGGACAGUGUGCAGACGGAGUCCAUGGCAAUGGGACGUGUACUUGCAAGGAUGGCUUCAGUGGCUCCAGAUGUCAGUUCUGCUCUGACCCUAAUAAAUAUGGACCUCAGUGUGACAAAAAGUGCCCGUGCCUUCUGGGGACCUGCGACAACAGGGUGGACAGCAAUGGGGCCUGCCUGGCUGGCACUUGCCAGGGCAGCGCAUGGGGGAAAUUCUGUAACCGCAAGUUCCAGGACUGUGGACUCCUUGCGCAUUUCUGUCACGUCCACGCCACCUGCGAAUUAGAACCUCACACAAUCAGGCUACGUCGGGCCAGAGACAAUGUUUCCACGGUUUAUAGGCCCAUAGCAGAGCGUCUCAAGGAAUUAAGGCUCCCCUCGGUGAACCAGACAGAAAAGUUUGUGAUCAGGACGGGCCCACACCACUCUAAGUCACUCAGCCUUCCCUUCAGCUUCUGCGUCUGCAAGGAUGGCUACGAAGGCAACGGCCUCGAGUGUUUCGAGAAGAACCCUUGCGCAGAGCCAGACCGGGGAGGCUGCAGCCAGAACGCCGAAUGCAUCAAAACCGGCCCCGGGACACACACCUGCGUGUGCCAGCCCGGCUGGACAGGCUCCGGCAGGGACUGCGCGGAGAUCAACCCCUGCCUGCAGCCGAGCCAGGGCGGCUGCCACAGGGACGCCACCUGUCUGUACGUGGGCCCGGGCCAGAACGAAUGCGAGUGUCAGAAAGGAUUUCGAGGAAAUGGGAUUGACUGCGAACCCACCAUUGCCUGCUUGGAUGAAUUCGAUAAAUGUCACCCACUGGCGACCUGCCAAGCUGUGGCCUCUGGCGUGUGGGACUGUGUCUGCCUGUAUGGCUACAAAGGGGACGGCAUCCUGUGCUACGGCAGCGCGGCCAUUGAGCUGUUAUUUCUCUUCGAAGCAGUUACCUUUACCAGCUGGGUCCAUAAGGCUUCUCUGCAAACCAUGCUGUCUACCUCCUCAAACUUCACCAUCCUGGUGCCGUCCCAGCAAGCUGUUGAGGACAUGGACCAAGACGCAAAGAACUUCUGGUUGUCACGGAGCACUAUCCCAGUCCUAAUAAAAUACCAUAUACUCCUAGGGACCUACAGUGUGACAGAUCUGCACAGCCUGCCGUCUUCUCACAUGCUGGCCACCUCUCUGCAGGGCAGCUUCCUUUGCCUGCAGAAGGCAGACGGGAAUGUCACCAUCGGAGGUGCGACUAUCAUCGACGGCGACAUUGCAGCCACCAAUGGCGUGAUUCACAUCAUCAACAAGGUGCUGGUCCCCCCAAGAAGUCAAAGUGGCAUCUUACCAAACCUGCUUACCCGGCUGGACCAGAUGCCUGACUACUCCAUCUUCCGGGGCUACAUCAUUCACUAUAAUCUGGCAAAUGUCAUUGAAGCUGCUGAUGCUUACACGGUAUUUGCCCCGAACAAUGCCGCCAUCGAGAAUUACACCAGAGAGAAGAAGGUCACCACUCUGGAGGAAGACACGCUCCGCUAUCACGUGGUCCUGAAGGAGAAGCUCCUGAAGAAUGACCUGCGCAACGGCAUGCACAGGGAGACCAUGCUGGGGCCCUCCUACCUGCUUGGCUUCUUUCUGCGCAAUGACCAGCUCUAUGUAAAUGAGGCUCCAAUAAACUACACCAAUGUAGCCACUGACAAGGGAGUGAUCCAUGGCUUGGAGACAGUUCUAGAAAUUCAGAAGAACAGAUGUGAUAACAAGAAGACCAAUGUUGUACGGGGAACGUGUGGAAAGUGUCCCCAGCCACCCAUCUGCCCACCUGGAACCAAACUGUUAGGCAACGAGACAAGCAAGUGCAUCUUCAGCUUUUACUUCAUGGGGAGACGCUCCGUGCUCAUCGGGUGCCGGCCGAUGUGUGUGAGAGUGCUCAUCACACGUGCCUGCUGCGCCGGCUUCUUUGGGCCACAGUGCCAGGCCUGCCCCGGGCAGCGCGGGGGCGCGUGCUUCGGGAACGGCAUCUGCAUGGACGGGGUGAACGGCACGGGCACGUGUAAGUGCAGCCCCGGCUUCAACGGCACGGCCUGCGAGACCUGCGCUGACGGCAAGUACGGCGUCCACUGCGACCAAGAGUGUUCUUGUGUCCACGGGAGAUGCAACCAGGGACCCUCGGGUGACGGCUCCUGCGACUGUUACGUGGGUUGGCGGGGCGUAAGAUGCGACAGCGCCAUUACAGAGGACAGGUGCAACGGGACGUGCCACACCAGUGCCAACUGCCUUCUCAGCCCGGAUGGCAAGACCUUGUGCAGAUGUGCAGCUGGAUUCCAGGGGAACGGGACCGUCUGCAAAGCCAUCAAUGCCUGCGAGACCAGACACGGAGGCUGCUCGCCCAAGGCUGACUGUAAAAGAACCUCCCCAGGAAACCGGGUGUGCGUGUGCAAGGCAGGCUACACUGGCGAUGGCAUCGUGUGCCUCGAAAUCAACCCAUGCUUGGAGAACCACGGUGGCUGUGACGGGAACGCCGAGUGCACACACACAGGACCCAAUCAGGCUGUCUGCAACUGUUUGCCCACUUACACCGGCGACGGGAAGGCCUGCACCCUCCUCAGCGUCUGCCUGACCAAAAAUGGCGGCUGUAGCCCAAAUGCCAUCUGCAACCAAACGGGGACAGGUGAGAGGACUUGUACCUGCAAGCAGAACUACACCGGGGACGGGCUCACCUGCCGGGGCUCCAUCUAUGAGGAGCUCCCCAAAGACCCCCAAACCUCCCAGUAUUUCUUCCAGCUGCAGGAGCACGAGGUCCGAGAGCUGGCCAGGCCGGGCCCCUUCACGGUGUUCGUGCCUGCAUCCGCAGCCUUCAAUGUGGAGCCCCAGAUUAAAGACUGGGACAGACAGGGCCUCAUGCCCCAGGUUCUCCGGUACCACGUGGUGGCCUGCCACCAGCUGCUUCUGGAAAACAUGAAACUGACCCCAAAUGUCACUUCCCUCCAAGGAGAGCCGAUCGUCAUCUCAGUCUCUCAGGACACAGUAUACAUAAACAAUAAGGCUAAGAUCAUAUCCAGUAACAUCAUCAGUACGAAUGGAGUCGUCCAUGUCAUAGACAAGCUGCUGUCUCCUCAGAACUUGCUCGUCACCCCCCGCGAUGCCUCGGGAAGGAUCCUGCAAAACCUUACAACGGUGGCAACAAACAAUGGCUACAGACGAUUUAGCAAACUGCUACAGGACUCGGGCUUGCUGAGCGUCAUCACCAACCCCAUCCACACGCCCGUCACUGUGUUCUGGCCCACGGACCAAGCCCUGCAAGCCCUGCCCCAGGAACAACAGAAUCUCCUGUUCAACCAGAACAAGGACAAGCUGAAUGAGUAUUUGAAGUUCCACGUGAUCCGAGAUUCCAAGGUGUUAGCUGCGGAUCUCCCCAGGUCCGCUUCCUGGAAGACCCUGCAAGGCGCGGGGCUGAGCGUGCAGUGCGGAGCGGGCAGUGACAUCGGUGAGCUCUUCCUAAACAACCAAAUGUGCAGGAUCGUACAGCGGGAGCUGCUGUUUGACCUGGGUGUGGCCUACGGCAUUGACUGUCUCCUGAGGGACCCCACCGUGGGAGGCCGCUGUAACAACUUUGCAGUUUAUAGUACCACGGGAAACUGCGGGAGCUGCCUCAGUACCCCCAGAUGCCCACGGGGGACCAAGCCGCAGGGCAUGAAGAUCAAAUGUUUGUGGGCCAUGCUGCCCUUCAGGCCGCCCGUGGAAGGCUGCAAGAACAAGUGCGCCUUGGCGGUCCAGCUGCAUAUGUGCUGCAAGGGCUACUUCCUGCCAGACUGUCAGGCCUGUCCUGGAGGACCCGACACCCCGUGCAACAACCGCGGCACCUGCCUCGAGUGGUACUCGGCCAAGGGACAGUGUCGCUGUGACACCGGCUUCAACGGGACGGCGUGUGAGCUGUGCGGGCCGGGGCGGUUCGGGCCGGACUGCCAGCCCUGUGGCUGCUCCGAGCAUGGACAGUGCGACGAGGGGAUCCUGGGCUCCGGGCAGUGCCUCUGCGACAGCGGGUGGACGGGCCGCCUCUGCAACACACGAGCAGCUGUGUCCCCAGUGUGCACACCUCCCUGUUCCGCUCACGCCACCUGUGUGGAGAACAACACGUGUGAGUGUAACCUGAAUUAUGAAGGUGAUGGAAUAACGUGCACAGUUGUGAAUUUCUGCAAACAGAACAACGGGGGCUGUGCCAACAUCGCCCAGUGCUCCCAGAAGGGCACCAAGGUCUCUUGCAGCUGCCCGAAGGGCUACCAGGGAGAUGGCCACAGCUGUAUGGAGAUAGACCCCUGCACGGACGGCCUCAACGGGGGCUGCCACGAGCAUGCCACCUGCACGAUGACUGGUCCGGGCAAGCACAGGUGUGAGUGUAAGAGCCACUACGUCGGGGACGGGCUGGACUGUGAGCCCGAGCGGCUGCCCCUGGACCGCUGCCUUCAGGACAACGGGCACUGCCAUGCAGACGCGGACUGCACCGACCUCCACUUCCAGGAUACCACGGUUGGGGUGUUCCACAUCCGCUCCCCGGUGGGCCAGUACAAGCUGACCUUUGACAAAGCCAGAGUGGCCUGUGCCAAUGAAGCUGCAACCCUGGCCACCUAUAACCAGCUCUCCUAUGCCCAGAAGGCUGGGUAUCACCUCUGUUCGGCGGGCUGGCUGGACAGUGGGCGCGUUGCCUACCCCACAGCCUAUGCCUCCCAGAACUGUGGCAGAAACGUUGUGGGGAUCGUGGACUACGGGCUCAGACCCAACAAGAGCGAGAUGUGGGAUGUCUUCUGCUACCGCAUGAAAGAUGUGAACUGCACCUGCAAGGCGGGCUACGUGGGAGACGGCUUCUCGUGCAGUGGGAACCUGCUGCAGGUCCUGAUGUCCUUACCCUUGCUCAAGAACUUCCUGACGGAGGUGCUAGCCUACUCCAACCGCUCAGCCCGAGGCCGGGCAUUUCUGAGGCACCUGACGGACCUGUCCAUCCACAGCACGCUCUUCGUACCACUCAACAGUGAGCUGGGGGGCAACGAGACCCUGUCUGGGCGAGAUAUCGAGUACCACCUCAUCACUGUCAGCACGGUCUUUUACGAUGACCUUGUCAAUGGCACCACCCUGCAGACUAGGCUGGGAAGCCAGCUGCUCAUCACCUCCGACCGUGACCAGAUCAGUCUGAACGAGACCAGGUUUGUGGAUGGAAGAGCCAUUGUGCUGUGGGACAUCUUUGCCAGCAAUGGAAUCAUCCACAUUAUUUCCAGGCCUUUAAAGGCACCUCCUGCCCCAGCGACUUCGACCCACGCUGGCUUGGGGACAGGGAUCUUCUUUGGCAUCAUCCUGGUCGCUGCAGCAAUCGCUUUGGCUGUCUAUUCUUAUUUCCGGCUAACCCACAGAGCCAUUGGCUUCCAACGUUUUGAGUCAGAAGAGGAUAUCAACUUCGCAGCCCUCGGGAAGCAGCGCCCAGAGAACAUCUCGAACCCCAUGUACAACAGCAGGAGCGUGGCGCCUCCCCCGGCUCCCUGUGACCCCCUCGGCCCCCUCGAGGAGCUGGACAGCAGCGACCUCCUGGGGACCGGGGCGCUGUGAGGGUCCCAUGGGAGCAUCCGGCCAUCAGCCACCGCCAUCGGGGCUGUGGGAGCCUCAGGACGGCCCUCAACUCUGAACCCUCGGAGCCGGCAGCCUCGUGGGGACGCAGCGGCUCGGCAUUUCAGAGUAUGACGUGCUCACCAGCGGCACCUCAUCUCUCGGGUGCAGCUGGGGGCUGUCUCGUCUCUGUGCAUGAAGGACCCAGGACUAAGUGGCCCCCAGCGGACCAUGCCCCCCACUGAGCCCUUCCUUCCCACCGUCAGAUGUCGCUUACUACAUUCCGCCCCACAGCCUGGGCAGCUGUGGUCUCACUGCCCUGCUGGACUGUAAGCUCCUCAAGGUGGGGCUCGCCCCGCUUGCUUUGUAUCCCAGCACCCGGCACUGGAGAUGUGCUCAGUGAUGUUUAUGAAACAGAAAUAAAGCCAAAAACAAAUCCAAA